AAGAUGGCAGGCAGCAACCAGGUGCUCCGGCAAGUUCUAAACCUUUUAACUAAAGGAUCAGGAUUUGAUCAAGUAAUGAGCAAGAUGCGGCUUAUAUCUGGUGGUGAUGGCAAGUGCCAGUGUGAAUUAACAGUGGAGGAAGAGCACACCAAUAGAGGUGGUACACUUCAUGGUGGAAUGACUGCCACGUUAGUGGACAGUGUAUCCACGGUUGCCUUAAUGACCACAGGUCCAGGAUUACCCGGAGUGAGUGUGGACAUGAAUGUCACAUUCAUGAAGUCAGCAAAGAUAGGGGAUGAUGUGAUAAUAGAUGCUUCCACACUUAAAGUUGGAAAAACAUUGGCUUUUCUUAAUGUUGACUUAAAACUUAAAAAGGAUGGAAGCUUGAUUGCACAAGGAAGACAUACAAAAUAUCUGGGGAAUUCAUGAAGAUGAGAAGAGGAGUUUAGCGUAACUGAGG